CGCUUUAAUCUCGUCCUUCUCGAGCUUGACCCAGGCCCAGUAUGCGAGUUGGUACGUGAAGACAGCCAUGAGCAUGACUUUCGCAAUGGGUCGCGUGAAGGUUUUAUAGAAUCCUAUCUGUGGAGCGAAGAUUGGUUAGUACCUAUACCUAUGAAUGUUGUCGAGAUAUGGAGGACAGGGUUUAUGCGAACAUGUGGAGAAGUAGGUUUUUCAGAUGAGGAGUUCCAUCCUUGUUGCGGUUGUAUCGUCCUUCUUGCGAAACCGGAACUUCUUGUGGCCAAUUGCGUCGUUCGGAAGAUGCUGAUGGAUCUGAACUUAUUCAUCGUGAGUUAUUUUUAGGUUGAUAGAGGGUAAUUAGGAAAGAUGGGGAGGAACUGGAAAAAUGGCAAAAUGUUCAGAAGAGGUCGUUGAUAUUUCAUCUAAAUUUCCACAGUGCUUGAUUUUCAGAGCUCCAGCUCCCUCCCGUGCCCCUCCAAACCUUAAGUUGCUAGCGUAGCCGCAGCUUCGUAGCCGCCCCCCCUGUGCACAUCGGAGUUACUGCACAUCUGGCCGAAAGAACUCGGGACACAUCUACAACCACUCAACCUAGCUCAAGGGCACCAGACAAGACCAGACAAGCCAGCUAGCGGAUAUAUUACAUCCCCAGCCUCACACUCGUCUCUCCCUCCUUUCCUCUUCCCUCCACUUGCAACCCAUCCACCAACACACCUCCUCCAAACCAUAGCAAGCCUUCAAGAUGGUAAGUCCCUCGACGCACUCAGUCGCACGUUCGCAGCGCAACAGCACAUUCCGAACUCUAUGAAUUUAUUAUGUGUGCGCUCGCUAUACUAACGACGAAACCACAGACCCAAACACCCGAGCAACGAAAGCGCAACGCCAAGUUCGCCAAAGACCAAACCGCGAAACGAGGAAAGGCCCCGACAGAGGUCAAGAAGAAGCAAGAUUUCAAGAGUCCCAUAUCGCCCUUUUGGCUCAGUACGUCUGCCCCAUCGUUCCAAAGGCCCCCUCUAGUUUCUCCAUACUUCCUAUGGCCUUGUAUAACCCAACGUGAACUCAAUUAGGAAACUGGGGCAAGGGAGACGGACGAAGUCAAAUUGCAAAGAAUAGCAGCUAAUACAUUUCUCCACAGCAAUCCUAGGAUUCGUCGUCUUCGGCGGUCUAGGUUUCGAACUACUAAGUCGAAUUUUCUUCAGCUAGGAGGUUGUUCGAUAAAUUUUAUUCUACCGAUUGCCCGUCAUUUCUUCAAGCAAUGUCCAAUUUCUUCUAAAAAGCCGCGCAACGAUAUCCUGGGGGGAAGACAGCGACAAAAAGGGGGAAAAUUUCGAGGCGAUGAGAGAUAGAGAUACCACCAUAUGCAUAGGAAUACCGCAUGAUGGGAAUGUGGGACGUGGAGCAAUGGGAAACAUGUGUUGUAUAUUAGCGACGAAGUAGAAUUUGGACUUGAAGAUGCGCAGAGAGAGAUAUGGUCUCGAUUGACAUGGGGGCUUCCUUAUUUUCCCGUGCGGUUGUUAUGUGGGGGUUCUUUUCUGGUUUUGUUGUUUUCUUUGAUUCCCUCGGUGAGGGACUGAGUGGGA